GAGGAAGUCCAGCAGCUCACAGGAACUCAGUUAUUUAUUAUUUAACUUUAUGUUCUCAGGGACCUGAGUGAACUGUAGAAACAGAGCACAGUACAUAAUCUCCCAUUGAACAUGAAGGAAACCACUAAAUGUCUCUCACCCAAGGGUCACAGUUCACUAAGCUGAAAGGUGCCCUCCUAUUACCCAUGGCAAACAAGACAGAAACUUGUGAAGGGCAGAUUCUGAUCAAGUAUGCUGAAGAUGACUCCUGUGAAUCAUACCACAGCUGCAGUAGCAGUAUAGCGAAAUACAGUGAUGAAUCCUUUGCAUCCUACACUGAUGAAAAUGAGGAGAGUCGUCAAUCCUACAGUCAAUCGUUUGAAUCUUAUCAUCCUUUCAAUGAGGAUUUUGAACCAAAUACAGAAUCAGAAACCACAACAAUCAAAUCUGAAGUGAAGUCUCUGUCACCUUCAAAUUUCAAACAAGAAAUAAAAGAAGAAUUUGAAUGCUGUGAAGACCCUGAAGAUUUACUUGCAAAAGAAAAUUUUAUAGAAAAACGUAUUGGUAUAUUGAACAGUAAAAGGUUUGACUCUACUCCACUCCAAGAUGAAAAAUGUGUAGCAUCCCAAAAAGAGGCCACUCAGUCACUCCCAGUAGAAUCAGCACCUUUGCAAAUUUAUUACUGUAUGAAGAUUGACCAGAUUCAACAACAACUUCAAGCAAAAAAAUCAGAGUCCUAUAAACAUGGAAAGCGACAUUCAACCAAGCCAUUGAAAAGGGACACUGCUCCUCAGCAAAGCUGCAUUGUACCCCAGCAUCUGAUAAACCAAGUACGGCUUAAUUGCAUUUCAGAGACAGUUAAACAGAUUGUGGAAACCAGCAUGCAUCAACCCUCCGAAUGUGCUGCCUGCCUCGAGAAGGUCAGUAAGCUGGCAGAACACAACUUCCUCCGUGUCAAGAAGGUACAAUUGGAAGAAGCUUCUCUCCAAGAAAAAUUAGAGGAACACAUUUAUACCAAGAUUGUACAUGUCGCUGGACGAGAGAAUCAGAUUGCAGAUGCUUUACCAAGAGUUUGAAGCUUAAAGGGAAAAUUGGACAUUUAAAAACCUCGACUCUGAACUGGAAUGAUUUCUGUUGACACAAAGGAUUUGUAUAUAUAUUGUUAUAUUAAUGAAUACAUCUGGUAAUGUAUUAGUUUAAGUAUAUAGAUAAAUGUAAGAGAUAGUAUAAGCUGGGUUAAUAAAAAUGAAACCGUCUUUUUAAAUUAUGACAGCUC